AUGAGGAAAAUUUAAAUUUAUAGAAUUUUUUUGUUUAUUUAAUUGAUAUUUGUGUAGAUUAUACAUUAAAAUAAAUGUAAAUAUUUAUUUAUAUAUAUUUAAUAAUAAUUUAUAUAAUGUAAAAUAGUUAAAAAAAUAAUGCUUCAUUAAAUUAAAUCGAUUAUCUAGAUUCAUGUUAUAUCGAUUAGUUUUGUAAAUUAAUAACUGUUUUAAUAAAAAUAAGUUAAGAGAGUACUUAAAAAACUCGUAUUUUCUAAUUAAUUAGCUAAAGUAUAGAAAUUGUUUUCCGAAAAUAUCAUGAAAGUAAUAUUUAUCUUUUCAACUAAAGACCUUUUUUCAAAAUUUUAACUAAUAUAAUAUAUGAUUUCUAAAGAAAAGAAUACAACUUUGAAUAAUCUGAUAUUUUUUCUAUUUAUUCUAUCAUUAAUUAACUUUUACAUUAAAUUCAGCCACUUUAUUAUCCAGGUUUUGCCUUUUCUUGGCUUUAAUUAGUUUCCAAUAGAUAUUUUAUGUCUAUUAUGCUUAACAAUGAUAAAUAAUGGGAAUUAUAUUAUUAAGUAAUACUAGAUAUGUUAGAUUUCUUUAACUAAGUUAUGGAAAAUAUUACUCAAAAUAUAGAAUUGGCAAAAACCUUUUAUAAAGGCAUUGUAAGAAUCUUAUUAGUUAUUCUUCAUGAUUGGCCUGAUUUUCUUUCUUUAUAUUCUAAUGAUUUUAUUGAAUCUGUCCCUAAUAAGUACAUUUAAAUAAAGAAUAUUAUUUUGUCUGCUUUUCCAAAAUCAAUGA